AUGAAGUUGUGUUCCAUUGGCCUUCUAGUGGCCAUCGCCAGCCAUGGCACCUUAGCAAAGAAGUAUUACAAUCGUCAGAUUGCCAACGACAGGACUGGCCUUUUGGGCCCACGUUCCCAUCACAUCUAUGAAUCCCAAGACGAAGAAGAAGAAGAUGGAAAUGAUAUCCGUAACCUCAGAGGAAACCAAGCAAGGAGGACUGAGGGUGAAACGGGACUGCCUCCCUUUGCUGAUGAUGAUUAUGAGGCACCUUCAGGUGGCAAUGGCCAGUUCUACACUGCGGAAUCAUUGGACUUUUUCAAAAAGGGAAUUGACCCAGAAAGUUUUGAAUGGGUUGAUCCCGAUGCAAUUGCUCCUGGAGCACAAACUUGUGGAUUUCUCAAGGCGCCGCUCGGGUCCCUGCCUGAUGUGAUCUAUCCCACAGUGGAGGUGUACGUCUGCAUGCGAUUUGCAGAGAAUCAGCCUGCUCCCAAAGGAAACCUGUUCUCUCACUGUGGUGGUCCAGGGUCAUUGAGUGGUUGUGGCUUGGGUGUCCCCUUUGAGUACUUGGGUCCAGAGAUUGCGAAUGACUACAAUCUUAUCUCAAUUGAUCAGCGAGGAAUGGGACGUUCUUGGCCAAGCUUCGUCCAGGAGGAAUGCUCCCUGAACUCAUUUGAAAGGGAUGAAAAUGGUACCAUCGUUCGUACAGUGACACCACCAAUCCUUGAAGCUGAUGCAGUAGAAUUUACUGAAGAAAAUAUCAAGGCUGUUCUCCCUUUGAUCCAGCAAAAAACUCGGGACUGCUGGACCUGCUCACAGUGUGACUUUCAAUUAAAUGCUACACAGGCUAGUGGGAAUGUCACAAAUUUCCACUUUUUGGAGUAUUCGGGCACACGACAGUUGGCAGAGGAUAUUUUUCGCAUGAGGCUUUUAUUGAAUGCACCUCUAAUGCAUAUGUAUGGUAUUUCCUAUGGCACCGGGGUGUUUUCAACCUAUGCAACCAUAUUUCCAGGCUUUACUGGGCUCCUUGUCCUUGACAGUAAUGUGAGCCCAAAUCCAGACUUUUACCACAAUGCAAGGACAAUGGCCAUUGGAUUCAACGAACGUAUUGACUACAUCAUAUUCUCUUGCACUGCACGGAAUGUUGUCAAUCCUGGCAGCUGUCCGGUAGAUGACAUGAGGCAAUGCAUUCGGGACAUCGACAGACUCCUUGAAGCUAAAUAUGACUCUACUCCUGGAGGAGCGGGCGCAGAAGACCUUCAACGUCUUGUUCAAAUUAUCCUUGCCAAUGUUGACAGGGCUGAGGAAAUCUGCAAUGCAGCUGCAGAUGGAGAUACUGAUUUGAUCUUAAAGAUCAAGGAUGAGCUGACACCGGAAGUCAAUGAAGAUGACCAAAUGACAAAGUUCGACCUCAAUCUAGCUGCACUUCCAACUUGGCAGGUAUUUGGUGUUUUUGACAACCCUGACUAUACCAUAAUUGAUGAAGGCAUGCAAGUGUCCCUAAAUAUGGUCAGAAGUCAAGACCGUUCUGGGGCCAUUUACGAUGAUGACAGGCUGGUCAAAGAAGCCAUUGAAAUCAAUGAAAGGUAUACAGGUGCUGGUACUGGGCUACCCGGGCAAGUUUUUCUGGCGGAGUAUCUCCAUGGGUAUUAUUGGCCAAAAGGGGCCCCUAGCUCGCCUGCUGGAAAUGCAUUCACAACAGGAAUCCUUGUUGGUCAACUGUUUGACUCAGCCACACCAUACACCUGGACACAAGAGAUGAAGAUGGCUUUUCCAAACACGCAUCUACUGACAAGUCAAUCUCUUUUCCAUGGUCUUGGUGUCGCUGAUCCUGAUUGCCAGAGGCACGUGAAGGAAUAUUUCAAGCUUGGGUCUCCUCAGUUUACUGAUGGAGAAGUUUGUGGAGCGGACUUCGCCAACCAGGAUGCCCUGAUCAACGUUUUCACUCCUCAGUUUUAG